UUUGUGAUAUCACGGAUACCUCAAGUCCAUAAUACUUUGUUAAUCCAUAGUCGUAUUCCGUAUUCGUGUUGUAGGUAUAGUAACAGGUACAAACCUAUAAAGAUAUUGACAUUGUGUCGAACGAUAACAAUUUAUUACUUGAACUACUGGUCUUUGCAAAUAAUAAUUGUGUUCUAAUCAACUUCUCACAGUCAAAAUAAACUAUAGGAUGAACACCUGAAAAUCUCAAAUCACCGAACUUUGAGGAGCUAUAACUGAUAACUCACUAACGUUACCAAAUUUGCAACCUUCUGUUUAUAAGAAACCUAACAAUAGUAUUAUACAAUAUUUUACUUGUUUUUUGAGUCAUCAUGGUUGGACAGAAGAUGUUGAGUUUGCUAAUGGUUGGUCUCUUACUGUCACCUCCCGCCCUUGCUGGCCCAGUGGCAGCAGGAAUUUGUUAUGCCGGAUGUGCGGCUGUAACAGUUGCUUGUUUUACGGCUGCCGGGUUUACAUUCGGUACUGUACCUGCAUCAGUGAUUGCUGCUACACCCGUGUUAGCUGCGUGUAAUACAGCUUUUGGGGUAUGCGAAGCAAGUUGCGUCGCUGCUUUAGUCGUACCUACACCUUAAAAAGAAUAUUUUAUUAUAAACUUCUUUUUCCAAUUAAAUAAUUUUUAUUUUCAUACACUAAAUUUUCACAUUAAUACAUUAAGAAAUAUUAUCAAAUAUAU